GAUAGAGACCAGAUAUCGUCAUGUGGCAGUAUCGGACAAUCGGCCUUUUGGCCUUAAUACUCGCAACAUAUGUCCAAGCACAAUUCUUAUCUGGAGGAGUAGGGAGCGGGGAGCCUAUCAGUAGCGGAGGCAUCGGCGGUGGUCAUGGAUUCGCAACUAGAUUGAUCGAUAGAAACAUAUAUACGUACGGAAUUAAAGGAAUCGUCGGAGAUGACAGUAGUGAUGAAGGUAAAUUAUUGCGUUUGAAGCGUUAUAGCGGAGGCGUUGGCGGUGGUCUCGGGGAUGGCGGAUAUGGAUUUGGAGGUGGAACGAGUGUAGCCACAGGUGCCGGCGGAACUGAAGGAAUCGUCAGAGUUGACAGUAGUGAUGAAGGUAAAUUACUGUUAUUGCGUUCGAAGCGUUAUAGUGGAGGCAUCGGCGGUGAUUUCGGGGGUGGCGGUGGACCCGCAGGUAGAGUGAGCGAUGCAGGCAUAGGUACCGGCGGAAUUGGAGGAAUCGUCGGAGUUGACAGUAGUGAUGAAGGUAAAUUACUGUUAUCGCGUUCGAAGCGUUAUAGCGGAGGCUUCGCCUCCAGUAGCGCUAGCAGUUCGGCCAGCGCAAGCUCGUAUGGUGAUGGUAGCGGUUUCUCCAAAUCCAAUUCUCAAGCUAUCGGCAGUGCUUCGGCAGGUGCACAAUCCUCGGCUUUGACAAAUGGAGGGUACGGAGGCGGUGGACAUGGCGGCGGUGGAUACGGUGGUGGUGGACACGGUGGUGGUGGACUCGGUAGUGGCGGUGGUCAUGGCGGACUCGGAGGUGGCAGUGGACACGGCGGUUACGGGGGUGGCGGUGGACAUGGUGGCUUUGGCGGUGGUAGUAGUGGACAUGGUGGCGGUGUAGGAGGUGGUUUCGGAGAUGGUAGCGGAGGUGGAUACGGAGGCGGUGGUCACGGCGGACUCGGGGGUGGCGGUGGACAUGGUGGAAUUGGCGGUGGACAUGGUGGAAUUGAUGGUGGUCACGGUGGACUCGGGGGACUCGGAGGCUAUGGUAGUGAUAGUCACGGUGAUGGAGGUGGAAUUAACAAAGUUAGUGGAGGUGGUCAUGGUGGAAGUGGGUCUGGUGCCGGCGGCUACAGUGGAAGUAGUGCCGGUGCUGGCAGUUAUGGAGGAAGUGGUUCCGGAGGACAUGAUGGUGGUGGUCACGGAGGACAUGGUGAUAGUUCUGGUGGUGGUGGUGGUGGUGGUGGUGGGUAUGGCGGGGCUGGUUCUCAUGCAGGUAGUUACGGAGGUGGUGGUGGUGGUACCGGAGGUUACGGUGGAGGUGGCUAUGGCAACGAUGAUUUGGGAGGUGGACAUGGAGGACUUGGCGGUGGUACUGGCGGAUUAGGCGGUGGACAUGGAGGAGGUUUAAGUGGUGGAUACGGUGGAGGACAUGGAGGUGGAUUGGGCGGUGGACAUGGAGGUGGAUGUGCUAGUGGAGGAUGCGGUCUUGGUGGCGGAUAUGGUAAUGCUAAUGCUCAAGCUAGUGCGAGCGCAAAUGCCGGUGCUGGAAGUGGCGGAUAUGGAGGUCACGGAGGUCUUGGCGGUCACGGACCGGGAGUGGAUCUAUUCUCUCGUAUUGGUGACACUGAUGAUGGUGGUACGAGCAAGAGCGGUACUGUCGAUGGAGCCAAAGGAGUUUACAGCAGCAGCGCGUCUAACAUAGACAGUACCGGUAAAGGUACUUACUCCGUUAAAGCUGCGUUUUUAAAAAAUGGUAGUGCUAAUUAUCAAAGAUAGUUAUAAAUGAGUCGAAAGGAAGCAUUAUCUCAAUUUAUACAACAAAUUCAUGGUCGACCUGUUGUUGUAAAACUGAACAGCGGCGUCGAUUACAGAGGUGUACUAGCUUGUAUAGAUGGCUACAUGAACAUAGCACUUGAACAAACGGAAGAGUAUGUUAAUGGACAAUUAAAGGAUAAAUACGGAGAUGCUUUUAUACGGGGGAACAAUGUGUUGUACAUCAGUACACAGAAACGUAGAAAUUAAUCAUGAAAUAUAAAUAACUAAAAACUACAAGUUUAUUUAAUAAGCAUUUGAAA